UUCACAAUUUGUGUUUGUUCGCAUAAUGGUGUUCUCUUUGUCAGAAGAAGACCUCUUACACGAGGAAACUGUACUGCGGAACCCUAAAACCCUAAAGCCAUGGUGGAGAUAUUUGAUUUCGAAAUCUGAGGCUCCUUUCAAGGAUCGAUUCGUGAUCUACGAGAGAGCCCUAAAAGCUCUUCCUGGUAGCUACAAGCUUUGGUACGCGUAUCUCCGUGAACGUCUCGAUUUCGUUAGCGAUUUGUGUGUUACUGAUCCACAGUACGAGAUCUUGAACAAUACAUUUGAAAGAGCUCUGGUUACGAUGCAUAACAUGCCUAGGAUAUGGCUCUUGUAUCUUCAAACCCUAAUUUCGCAGAGGUUGAUUACUAGGACUCGUAAAACUUUCGAUCGGGCUCUCUCUGCUCUUCCCGUUACACAACAUGGUAGAAUCUGGAAAUCUUAUCUUGAAUUUGUGACUCAGGAAGGUGUUCCUGUGGAAACUUCGAUUAGGGUUUAUAGAAGGUAUCUUAGCUAUGAUCCUAGUCACAUUGAGGAUUUUAUUGAGUUUCUGUUGAAGUCGGGUCGUUGGCAAGAGUCCGCAGAGUAUUUGGCCUCUGUGUUGAAUGGCCAGUUUCAAUUUCAGUCUAGUAAAGGCAAGAGCAUUUAUCGCCUGUGGAUGGAUCUGCUUGAGGUUGUUGUUAACCAUGCUAAUGAGGUUUCUGGUCUUGAUGUGGAGGCUAUUAUCAGAGGAGGCAUUGCAAAGUUUACGGAUGAAGUAGGGAUGCUCUGGACUUGCCUUGCAGAUUACUACAUUAGAAAAAAUAUGUUCGAGAAGGCCCGUGAUAUCUAUGAGGAGGGGAUGGUGAAGGUGGUCACAGUUAGGGACUUUAGUGUUAUUUUUGACGCUUAUUCAAGGUUUGAGGAAACUUGUGUUGCCAAAAGGUUGGAAGAAGUUGAAGAAGGUGGUGAAGAAUAUGAAUCCGAGGUAGAGGAGGAGGAAGAUGUCCGUGUCAAUACUUCUCUGUCCUUAGAAGAGAUGCAGAGGAAAAUCCUGCGUGGGUAUUGGUUGAAUGAUGGUAACGAUGUUGAUUUGCGAUUGGCUCGCUGGGAGGAACUGCUGAACAGGAGACCCGCACUUGCAAACAGUGUUCUCUUGAGGCAAAACCCACACAAUGUUGAACAAUGGCAUCGUAGAGUCAAGUUGUUUGAGGGAGACGCAGAGAAGCAGAUACUGACGUACACAGAAGCUGUGAGGACUGUGGAUCCCAUGAAAGCAGUUGGUAAGUCUCCUCACACGUUAUGGGUUGCUUUUGCCAAGUUGUAUGAAACCCACAACGAUUUAGUCAAUGCAAGAGUGGUUCUUGACAAGGCAGUCCAAGUAAACUACAAAACCGUGGAUCAUUUGGCCUGCGUGUGGUGUGAGUGGGCCGAGAUGGAGCUGAGACACAAGAAUUUCAAAGGAGCUUUAGAGCUAAUGAGGCGGGCUACGGCUGCACCCUCGGUAGAAGUCAGAAACAAAGUUGCUGAUGUUGGGAACGAACCAGAACCAGUCCAGUUGAAGUUGUACAAGUCCCCGAGGCUGUGGUCACUCUACGUUGAUCUGGAGGAAAGUGUAGGGACUCUAGAAUCCACGAGAUCAGCGUACGAGAGGAUACUAGAAUUAAGAAUAGCCACACCUCAGAUUAUAUUGAACUACGCUCAGCUUCUUGAGGAAAACAACUACUUUGAAGAAGCGUUCAAGGUGUAUGAAAGAGGUGUGAAGAUGUUUAAGUAUCCUCAUGUCAAAGACAUAUGGCUAACGUAUCUCACAAAGUUUGUCAAGAGAUAUGGGAAGACAAAGGUGGAGCGGGCGAGAGAGUUGUUCGAGAAUGCUGUUUCGAUGGUAAGUUCAUCUGAUGCUGCUAUACUGUACCUUGAGUAUGCAAAAUUUGAAGAAGAUUAUGGUCUGGCGAAGAGGGCCAUGGAUGUGUACAAACAAGCUACGAGAAGAGUUGCGGAUGAGAAGAAGUUAGAGAUGUAUGAGAUAUACAUAGCUCGUGCAGCUGAGAGGUUUGGUGCUCAAAAAACUAGGGAGAUAUUCCAGGAAGCCAUAGAAUCAUCUGGGCUUGCAGAGAAUGAUGUGAAGGUGAUGUGCAUCAGAUUUGCAGAGCUGGAGAGAAGGAUGGGAGAAGUCGAUCGAGCUCGUGCAGUCUACAAGUAUGCCUCACAGUUUGCAGACCCUCAAGUGUGGCAGAAAUGGCAUGACUUGGAAAUUGAACAUGGCAACGAAGAUACCUACAGAGAAAUGCUUCGCAUUAAGCGAACUGUUUCUUGCUGCGUUCUGUCUCCUCUAGCUCCGGUUAACAAAUCUCAGUCUCUGUCAGACACUCUUCUAUCCCAGUUCAUCCCUCCGGUUAAGAAAGCCAGGUCUCUAUCUGAUACUCUUUCUCUAAUCACCCCUCCACUUAAGAAAGCGCGGAUCAUGUAAGAGUAUUUCAAGUGGAGAUUGUUGUUUCACUUUCAAUUGAUUUGGUCGUUUUAAUAAGUUGGUUUCAAUUUGAAACUUUCAACAAUGGAAUCUCAGAUCUUCCCAUCAAAGAUGUAUACUCGUGUCAAGCUGCUUUUUGUAAGUUGUACUUUGAUUAGUGGUGGAUGAACUCCAUAUGCAGCUAGCUUUUCUGGGUUUUGUCUGAUCACACUUUUGUUUCGAGUGACUAUUGGACAAAAAGCAUUCUCAAAUCUUCUUAUCCAAGGUGUGUCCAUAUUACAAGAAAGGUAAUUUAAAGUA